CACACCAACACUGUUGCAUCCCAUCUACCGUUUGAACGGCGCGUCGCUUUUUGUUUGGUUGAAUUCGUUAAUAAUUUGUUGCACUUGCCACCGAGAAGCCCGCUAGGGGAAGCCAGGAAGCCAAGAUGGACACGCCACGCCGCAAGCUGCGCAACCUGCACAUGGAGAACGUGCAGAACAGCAGCACCCCCAUCCGAGUGCCGCCCUCGCCGAUGCUGAAGACCCUGGGCCACGGGACCGGUGUCAGUGUUUACCGUUUGGACCGCUCGCCGCGGCUGGGCCAAAUCCGGUCGCCGUGGGCCGUCAAGCGGAUCACCCAGAACAUGCGGGCGCGCAAGGACACGCUCUUCAAUGCCCGGAUCGUCCACGAGGCGGACAUCCUCCGCAAACUGAAACACCCCAACAUCGUGGGAUUCCGCGGCGUUGUCACCAACGACGAGGGGGUCAACACACUGGCCCUCGAGAUGUGCACCACUUCGCUGGGCUCCAUCCUGGAGGAACGCCACGACGAGGACCUGGGCCCGCUGCCGGCCAAGAACACAUUCAAGAUGAUCAUGGACGUGGCCCUGGCCCUGGACUUCCUCCACAACGAAGCUCGCCUGCUGCACGGCGACCUCAAGUCCUUCAACGUCCUGGUUAAGGGCGAGUUCGAGAUCUGCAAGUUGUGCGACUUCGGAGUCGCGCUCCCGCUGGACGAGCAAGGCGAGAUCAAUUUCCCAAAGAAUCCCGGGCUGCGCUAUGUGGGAACCAGCCUUUGGUGCGCCCCGGAGGUCAUAGACGACAUGGACGUCAUCGACAGCAAGGCAGAUAUCUUUAGCUUUGGCCUCGUUAUCUACGAAACCCUGGCCCUGGUGCCGCCGCACACCUUGGAGCUGGACGCCGCGCUUGGCGAGGAUAUGGACAGUUCCCACGAUUUGUCCACCGAAACGGACAAAGUCCAGCGCAAGCAGCUGGACUUCUCCGCCGAUGAGAGCAAGGGCGGACCAGUUGAAAUGGAUGACCAUGCGGACAACGACAUGAGUCAGGAUGUGGUUGAGGACGAGGAGGAGGGGGAAGAGGUCGACGAGGAGGAAGAUGACACCAAGGAGAACGAUGUCAGGGAGAGCGACAUCUCCGACUUCACGCUGAACAACCUCCAUUCGGCCUAUGGUACUCGCCCACCACUGCCGGUGGCCUUCCAGCUCAGCGACGACUACAACUGCAUCGUGGAGCUGUUCUACCUGUGCACGAACGCCCUGAGCGAGGAUCGUCCCGCGGCCAAGACCAUUUGGCAGUGCCUGGAGAACAACGCCGCGAAUGUCGCGACAGGGAGCGACUAGACUGAUCACCACCACUGCCAUGCUCCAGACACUCCACACUCUUCCUCCAGUUGGAAUUAAGCCCUUGAAUGUAAUUUCCCCAAACGUCUUAUUUUUGUUUGCAUGUAUCAAUACACAUAGUCCUAAUUUAUACUCUGUAAGCAACAAAGACGGACGAAUGCGCGCAUGAAGCCCAGACUCCGCAUAUAUAACGAAAAGAUCGAUAAGUCAAGUGUACAUAUUCAGCAAAAAGAGAGGUCAAAUAAAUCGAAUCCCCAAAUGAACCAACAA